UCUACUUGUGAUGAUGAUGAACGUAUGCAAACGUUCGGCGAAAGGAUGGUCAUAGGCGGCGCAUAUGAUUUCAUUGGGAUCAAAAUGGGUUUCUUUCCAAUCCUCGAGAAUGAUGAAUAUUACAUGCUUGUUUUCGAUCUGGAAAACGGUGAAAUAACCGUCAUAGACCACAAGCCUGAUCGCACACCCUUAGCUGGCAUUAGGGAUCAUCAAGACUACUACAAAAAAGAUACACCAUACAAAGUGAAGCAUAUGCUGGACAAUUAUUUGGAGCAUUGCAAACAUCCGUUAAAGGAUAAAAUUGCACCAGCCAAGAUUAAAAGGUGUGAUAUCCAUUGGGCGACAAGUGCACAUCCAAUGGAUAGUGCAGUGUUCCUUAUGCACCACAUGCAAAAUUUUAACGGCGUUGGUAAACACUUUGAAUGUGGUUUUAGUAGCAACUGGAAACAAAAGCAAAAACAGAUUCUUACCCUCCGAAAAAAAUUCGCUACACGCAUACUACUCUGUGAUGUGAAUGUGGUGAAGGCAAAGGUUCGUGAUGCUGCAUUAUCAGUGUAAGUUGCUGAUCCGUAUGGUAAUGUUAUGUUUUUUUGUGGAUGGGACUAUGGUGUACAACUUAAACAAUUUAAACUCGUACUUUGUUAGUUGCCUAUAUGUAUCUAACUAUUAAUGUCUGUCGUUGAUCCGGACAUCUUAAACAUUUUGGUGAAGCAUAAGUAAACUACUGGAAAGUUUGACAA